GGGCGGGAUCAGCGCUAUUCUGGAAAUCAUUUUGCGUAGCGCAUCUGUCUCGGCACAAACACAGGGCUGCGAUGUGAGAAGCCCCCAUGCAAUGUUAUCAGGCAAAUCCAGCGACUUAGUCUCACUCGCCACAGCCUGCAAACACGGUUGCCCGUCCAGCCUGCUGAAGUCCUCCCACUUAGGUUGAAAGCUUAACGCAAUGGGUGGACAUCAUUUACGCUGGAUAGAAUUUCACUAUUAACCUCCAUAUUUCAGUUAUACAUAAAAAAAAGCAGCACAGGAGUCAGAGUUGGUUGAAUGAGAGCAUGGCACAGGUAGAGGAGCCUCAAACCGAUGGAGGAGAGGGCAGCCCCCAGAUGGUCUCCUUAAGAUCAGACAUAUCAGGGAACCAUGCGGACGAAGGAGAAGGAGGACCCUCGAUAAGGAGGAAGAGGAGGAAGAAGAGAGACCCACGUCCAGAGUCCAUCAUCGUGUACCGCUCUGACAUGGAGAGGACACCCGGAGAGGGCCAAGACGGCGAGGAGGUGGCAGAGAGGAGCACCGAGGAGGGAGCUAAGUUCCUCUGCACACCCACGGGCGAAGGCGGAGGCUGGAACCUUCCUCCAGACAGCCGCUACGUGACACUGACUGGCACCAUCACCCGAGGAAAGAAGAAGGGUCAGGUGGUGGACAUACAUGUCACGCUGACAGAGAAGGAACUCAGGGAUCUGGCAAAGUCGAGGGAGCGUCUAGAUGCGGAGUGCGAGGCGGGCGAAGGCGGCAAACGCACCUGUGGCUUCGGUGUUUGUCAGGGACCCCAUGUUGUCCUGUGGAGCAUCUCGUGUGCGCCUGUGAUCUUCCUCCUCUCCUUCAUCACCUCCUUCUACUACGGCACACUCACCUGGUACAACGUCUUCCUGGUGUACAAUGAGGAGCGGACGUUCUGGCACAAGAUUACAAUUUGCCCAUUUCUUAUCAUCUUCUACCCGAUGCUCAUCAUGCCCAUGGCGCUGUCGCUGGCUCUGUACUCCGCCGUGGUGCAGGUGUCCUGGGCCUUCAGCGAGUGGUGGCUGUCGGUGCGAGACCUGGAGAAAGGCUUCUGUGGUUGGGCCUGUGGGAAGCUGGGACUGGAGGACUGUUCACCCUAUAGCAUAGUGGAGCUGCUUGAUUCGGACACUGUUUCUGGCACUCUGCAGAGCAAGGCGCCCAGCGAACUUGCCCAGACAUCGUCAGUGUAAAGGAGGGACACUGAGGUCAAGCCGCAUAUUGCUGAUGGGAAGUUAGAAGUGCUCUCAGUGCAAAUUUGGCCAUAGAGGAUGAACAAAUACCAGAAAGUUCAAGUCAUUUAGAGAAAAUUGAGCUUAAAGGUUAGCUUCUGACCUUGGAACUGGUAAUUUGGUAAAAAUUCACAUUUCCAGAUCCAUUUACUUGAUUUGAACUCUGCUGAUGAAGGCUCUGAUAUUUUGCUGAAAACUACAGAAGAAGCAAAUGUCAAGAGCCGUUUGCUAAGAUUUUUGUGUAAACGUAUUUAAAAGCUACUUCACUAUGCUUUCCUGUAAAUGGUAACUUAUUAAACACUGCCUGAACUUUCCUUACUGUAGGUGCUGAACCAUUGCUAAGAACUCUGGAUCAGUUUUGUACUUCCAGGUUAAUUACAGUUUCCCUCAGAUCACUAAAUAGCCACCAACAAUUCCUGAACAACGCUCCCACUCAGAGGCUGUGGAUGCUGAAACACAUACUAACGGAAGCCUGAAAGUUGAAAGCAACUUUCACUUUGUCUGUAAAUAUCUGUACCUGCGUAAUUGUGAUCACUGUGCUGUGUAAUGACAUCAAGGGGAGCCGUAACUUCGCAGGCAACACUGAAGUUACAGUUGGAACAAAGCUGGAUUAUUAACUGGAAAAAGUGGGCAACAAGGCCACUGAUGCAGGUUUAGUGUGUCACUUUUAUUGCUAAUUUUAGUGGGAAUAUGCACCAUGAGCGCAGCUUUCACUACAACAAUGAUCUGUCCAGUGAAAGGGCAUGUGUCAGUUUUUAAAUUAUAAUGCUGGUGUUGCUUCCUAUUUUUCAUGCUGGCAACAAAUCCCAUGAAAAGACUGAAAUCAACAAUAUUCCUUCCUUUGUCUAUUGCACACAAUUUCAAAAAGAACUUUUGAAGACAUGAAUCUUUCAAAUUGGCCCGCAAAUAUAUUGUUACAUUUUUUAAAAACAUUGCGUCCUUUUAACAGUUGGACACUGUUGUCUUUAGCAGACAUUGCUUAAAUGGAAAAAGCAGUUCUUUAUUUUUUUGCAGAUUAAUACACAUUUGAUGCCUUAGUGAGUGUUUUCAGCACCGGGACGAUGUGUGUGAGACAAAAUAAACUGCUAUGUGUGUGUUUGUGGUAGUGAACCAUUCAGUACAUGUCAUGGAUUUUUUUUUAAAAAAUCGUGUAAAACUUUUUAUUAAGUUCAUUGAAUGCCUAGCUCCAAAUACUUUUUAGUUAUGAAUUUUCUAAUCUUUUUAAGUCAGUUUUUCAUGCCGUGCCAAAUAACUCCUAGAUACGAUAGAAAUGUAGUAAUCCUACGUAGAAUCAAAAUGUAUUUGCAGGAAAGUGAAAACUCGUCGAAUUAUUAGUUUUUGAAAAUCAAUGAUUCAUUACUGGAGUAGAAAGUAAUUUAUUGUUAUUAAAUUGAUUAUUAUAAAGCAUUCAGCAACAAAUGUUAAAUUGCAAAUUACCUUUAGGGUUCCAUGGAUGAUCAGCACAAUCCAGUGGUGAAAACAAAGGAAUUUAAAAAUGCUGAAAUUUAGCUCAGAUGACCAAUUUUUUAUACCUAAAAAAUUUUUUGAAGUAGAAGUUUAAGAUUUUGCAAUGUGUGGCGAACCUAAUGGAAGCUUUUACAUAAGUUGUCUUUUAAAAAAAAAAAAAUCAUGACAUAAACUAGGAGGAUCAAACCAAUGUCAGGCUUUGGCUACACAGAUCGUACUUCCUAGAAGGUUUCGUCCGUCACUGAUUUUUUGUCUUUUCAUGGGGUUUGUCAGAAAUAAGAAUAAAUACAGAAUAUUACUUACCUAAAUACAGAUCAGUUAUAAUACUUGUGUUAUUCUGGAUGAUAUCUGUGUUUCAAAAAAUGAUUCCAAACAAACUGAAACACAUCAAACUCUAGGGCAAGAUGCAUUCAAACACAUGGCUGCUUGUUGGUUUCUGGGCCUCUCAGCUAAUUGUAAUAAAGCUUCCAUCUGUGGUUAGCUCUGCACUCGAUGGAGUGUCUAAAUAAUGCACUGAGACUGGGAGGAAAGGAGGUAGGCCCUUUGUUCUUCUUUGCCACAGGCUCCACAAAGGGAUUAAUUCAGCCAUGACAAAGCCAUAGUGAGGACAAGCUGAAAAAUCUUUUUUUCAUUCUCAUGUUUUCAUAUGUUGAAAGCACCAAGAAAACAGCUGUUUGUGAUCUUAAACUACUUGUAUUGUCUUUACAGUUUUGAUCCACACACACAAAAAAUGAAGUUUUCUGUAAUUUUCUAGUUAAUAUUUCUUUUUACAUUAUCACAUUCCUGUUUUAUAUGCUACUUUGAUUUAUUUUAUAUAUUUAAUGCUAGUACGCUUUCAGAAGUUUGUUGUAGCUAUGGUAGGUGUUUUAUACUGAAGCACUUUGAAAUAAUUGUGUUACAAACACGCUGAAAUACUUAGCAGAUGGGUGUGGUUUGAAAAGAUCAGAUGGUUAAAAUAUUGCAAGAUUUAAAUGUUUAUUGGUACACCUGGCUGAGUGAAGUAAUUCAGUUUUAUUUUCAUACGGGAAAAGACACUGAUCAGUGGCUGUGGAUUGAAUUUGUUUUCCACAUUACUUGUUGUGAAUCUACAGAAUGCAAAGUAAAGAAUUCUACCAAUGAAAUAAAGUGUGGUCUCGUUA